AUGGUGUUUAAAUUCUUCCAUCGUUUGUUGCUCCGAACAAGGCCGUCUUCUAAAUCAUUGCAAACAGAAGUGAAAUCAGGAAGAGUAACUGUGCAAGAAAAGUGGUAUCAUCACCAAUUAAAACUUAAAUCAAAUAAACAGAAUGUUGCUCCGGGGGAAUCAUAUAGAGAAAUACCUUAUAUCCUGAGUACCAAAAGGGACAUUCUCUUCAGAGCAAAAGAAGCUCAUUGGAACUUCUGGAGGAGGGUUUUCAGAAUACCAGUCUAUAAGACAAAGUUCAUGCACAAGAGGUAUCACCCGACAAGAGUGAUAGCUUACAAUCCUUAUGGUGGUUAUACCCAUGUGAAACUUCCAUUCAUCACGAAAUGCUUAUUUCUCUUGGCAAUUGGGAUCUGGAUUGGAUACAGAUACUCAAUGCUAUGAAAUGAUUUUGAAUACAGAAGAUACCUAUACAUCAUGAAUCCACUUCUCGUUCAUGAAAUUGAGAAAGUAGAUGCAAAGGUAAAGACCUUCCUAUGGCACUUAAUCUGGAACGAAGAGAACCAAGAAUAUGCUCUGUGUAAUUUCGAUCUCCAGAAGUACUUCUGGAUGAAGUGGUAUGGCACAAAGGAAGUAAGGCAGCUCAAGAAAAUGCAGGAGGAGAGAAUGCUAGAGAAGGAGGUCAAUAAUUUCAUUAACUUGAAUUUAAAGGAGAAAUAA